GACACGUAUAUAAAAUCUGUCAUUCUUCAUACGCCCAAACGCAGUGUUACGAAUCAGCUUGGUUAAGCAGGACUUAAAAAUCAACUGGCAGAUAAAAUGAAGUUGUUACUGUUGCUGUCGCUCUUCAUUGCGCAUAAAGCUUCAGCGCAAACACCAUCACCGACAACAGAAACUGUAACAUCACCUGUCGCGUCUACAACAAUAACACCAGCAGAUACUUCAAGUCCAGUCCCAACACAAUCACCAACAGUUCCACCUGCAACAAUUCCCACUGUAGCAGCGACAACAGGAGAUACUUCAGAUGCAUCAGCAUCAACAACUGACUCUUCUGUCACCCCAAAUUCUCCUGAUAACACGACUCCAAACGGAUCUGUGACUGUGAGAUGCGGAGUGGCGUCAGUUGCAAUUGUUCUUCUGACAAUAAUUCUUCAAUUAAACAAGCUGAUACUAUAAAGCAGAUAAAACCAGAUUGUCACUAGGAUGAAGCAUUUUAGAAAGCUGAAAAACAGUGACUAUGGCAACGAAGUUUGCACAUGUUAUGUUAAAUUUCAUUAAUAAGAAGCGGCAAUGGCAUCAAGGCCGAUAUAGACUUUUUAUAAUUAUUUUUAUAAUGAUGUUCCUUAAAUGCAUAGAUUGCCAGCAUUACCUAGUUGACUAAUUGAAAGUCUAAUCAUUUUGCAGACCGCUCAACCAUUAAACAAAAUGUUCUCUUAUGACAGUGAGAUAUGUAAAUACAAAUUUGUUAUAAAGGCCGCAUUGUCGCUUGGAUGAAGCAUUUGUGAAUGCUGAAAAACAGUGACUACGGCAACAAAGGUAGAACAUAUUAAGUUUUAUUUACAAAAAAAAAAAAAACGGUCAUGACAAAACGAUCGAUACAGCCAUUGAAUAAUACACCUUAUCUCCAUAAAUUAACAGCAUUUCCUUGUUGGCUCAUAGACAGUCUCUUGUGGGUAUUUUGGCUCAACCAUUAAACUGAAUACUCUUUUAUAAUAGUGUGAUACUGAUAUAGAAAAUCCGUAACCUUUGCUGACCUAAGAAGAAUGAAGCAUUUCUUAAUGCUGAAAAGGUCAAGUUAAGGCAGCGGUGUUUUAACCUAUAUUGUAACUAUGUUAUGUUUGAAUAAAUAAAUUAUUCAAAAACAA